UCGAAAAGGUAAGCCGCAUUCUAAUGAUGGUCUCAAACCGGCGGCGAUUUCUGCUCACUCCACCGUCUCCUCUCGAUUUCCUAUCUGUUUUAUGUUCAUUACAUGUUUCUGUGAUCUUUGUGUUUACAGAUUUGAAUUUGUCGCGAGUCUCGCUCUUGCAACCGGGAGCGUCUGUGGAGACUCAGUUCACUCACUGUUAAUGUACACAAAAGAACUAUGGAACGGAUGCAACUUCAGCGAUGCCUACACGAAGACUGUUACAAGCUCUGUUCCAUGUCAUCGCAAUCUCAGCAAGCAGAGUCUUCUUGCUAUGGUCUACAGUGGUGAUCACGAUUUCUCCAUACCACACAUUGGAACACAAAAUUGGAUUCGUACACUCAAUUUGACCACAGAGGAAGAGUGGAGGCCAUGGUUUGUUGAUGGUCAAGUAGCAAGAUACACAGUGAAGUACAUAAAUGGUGACUACACUCUGAUAUUCGCCACGGGCGCUGGUCAUAUUGCACCAGAAUACAAGCCCAGGGAAUGUUAUUCCAUGAUCAAUCGGUCUUCGCUUAUUUCCCACUUUAGUAAUGCAACGCAAUAUGAGCAUAAAAAUCUGUUCUCCAUUUUAGCUUUUGAGUGUGGGAGGGUUUCCGCUCUAAGGCCUGCUCUCUGCUUCUCAAACAAUUAAAUGGAGAAAAUAUAUCAUCAGUGUAAUUCGCCCUGUAUUGACCUUUGUGGUGAGCAAUAGUGCUAUUGUGAUAAUAAAUUUUGGCUGUAGUGUUAUUUCUGAUUGACUUGAUUCAUUUUACUGGUGAAUCAAGUAAUAAGAAUCAAUCCAAGCUAUCUGCUCGAUUUGGACUUAAAAAAUAUUUGCUACAUGGAGAUUUAUCCCUUUUUUUUUUUCUUUUUUGUUUUUUUGAGAAUUAUCUGUUUUCUUUUUUCCAAAAGCAUAGAAGAAUUAGCUUCUGGGUUUUCUAUGAUUUGAGCUUUUUCAAUGGUUCUGUCUGAUUUUUACAGACAUAAAAUCAACCAUAUUCUGAACU